AGAGUGGUUCUAUGUCGCAUUCUGCCGCAUAUCCUGCUGCCAGGGAAGGCUGAGGGUGUGUCCGCAGAAUUCCACCGGAAGGCAUUAGUCCUUUGUGAGGUAGCGUGGGUAGGAAUCUGUUGGUCCGAGAGCCCGUGUCGAAUCGCAGUUCUCCGGAUCUUAAGGCUGUAG